AUGACACGAGCGUUUGCCGUUGUUUUCCUGCCUCCGGCUUUUCUCUGGAGUCUGACCCACGGAUUUGCCAGCCAAUUCGUUGGUUUGCUGCCAGCGGGAACGAGAUCAUGUUCCAGAGAUUUGACCGAGCAUUAUUUUGAUCCUACCGGCAAUAAAGAUUCCGUGCUCUAUUCUUCAGCUGCAGAUGACGACACAAUAGGAGCCGAUGAGCUACCUCCUCCAAACGCUGACACAUCUAUUCUAGACGAUGUCGAUGUUGCCAUUAUUGGCGCUGGACUUGGUGGUCUCUGUGCUGGAGCCAUUCUAAAUACACUCUACGGCAAAAAGGUGGGUAUUUACGAGAGCCACUAUUUGGCAGGUGGAUGUGCCCAUGCGUUUGACCGCAAAUCACAAAAAUGUGGAGAAACUUUCACCUUUGAUUCGGGACCGACCAUUCUCUUGGGGUGCAGCAGCCCACCCUUCAAUCCACUGGCGCAAGUGCUACAAGCCGUGGAUCAACCAAUUGCUUGGAUAUCAUAUGAUGCCUGGGGGAUGAUUGAAAAUCCAGGACGAGAGGAACUACUGAAAUGGAGACUGCAAUUGGGCCCUUACCUGCUCAACAUAGCAAGAUUGGGCCCCGAUAUCUUUGAGCAGGGACCCCUGCAAGAGUUUGGUGGCCCCACGGCGCUCGAGGAAUUCCAAGCGCUACGGGAAGCUACCAAAGGAUUGCUGGCAGGUGUGGCGAUUCCUGCCAUGGCAAUGAGAGCGGGGAGCACGGCAUUGAUUCCCCUGUUGAGUCAAAGCAAAAGUGGUGUCAUCUGCAAUGUGCCUGCUCUGGAGUCUCAGUGUCUUAUCAAAAACACAAAAUCCUUCUCCAAACUCACAACAUGCUACCCAGAUUUGGCCCCGCAGAAACCUCGUCAGACCUGGGACUUGACAAGUGGAAAGCCCGUCGUAAAAUCGGUUCGCCCCUCGGUAGAUCCUCAGUCCCAAGAAAGCCUUCUGGCCAACUGUGACACGGCUGAGAUGACGGGUUCUUUUCUUCAUUUACACAUUGCCAUUGACUCAAAGGGGCUCAACCUGGAAGAAAUGGAAGCACACUACACUGUCAUGGAUCGAUCUCUAGCAGGAGAUGGGAGUCCUUCGGAUAGCCCCUGUGGAGAGCUAAACAUGAUUGCUGUUUCGAAUCCCUGUGUGAUUGACAAGUCAUUAGCCCCCGAAGGGUACAUGAUCAUCCAUGCAUACGGGGCAGGCAAUGAGCCGUAUGCACUUUGGGAAGGUAUGAAGCGCAAUUCAGAUGAAUACAAACAACUAAAGGAACAACGAGCAGAAGUGCUGUGGCGAGCCAUUGAAAGUGUAAUCCCAGAUGUUCGCAAAAGAACGGUCGAGCAAUUGAUUGGUUCGCCCAUUACACAUGAACGGUUCCUCAGGAGGCCACGGGGCACGUAUGGGGCGGCCACAGAAGAUUACUUGAAGGAUGGCAGCACGCCCUUUCCCAAUCUUGUCCUUGCUGGAGACUCGAUCUUCCCCGGAAUUGGGAUGCCAGCGUAA